AACCUCUGCCCCUCUUUCUCUAUUACUCAUCAAUGGCUCAAGACUAGUAGACGUGUUUAAUUGUUUUCCCUCUGCUAUAAUUGCGUUCAAGAUGGGUUACUAGUGCCUAAAGUUUGCACACCUGCGUGUGCCUUCACACGAAAUAUAAAAAUGUUUGCCACCAUGGCGCCCUCACCGGACAGCUUUGUCCUUCGUCAACAACAACCACCUUUAUCACCCUUGGACGCUGAUCUCCUUGCACUCAGUUUUAAAUCUGUGAGUUUGCAACGCUCCCACAAUGAGUGCGAGUUCCAGGGAUCAGUUGCCGGCUUCGGCCGGCGCCCUUCUCUCUACUGAAGAGUGCUUCAUUCUGCUCGAUGUUGACAUCGAACAACUUUUAAACAACAACGAUGAUUUGCUUAAAACCUUCCCAAGCGCUGCACCGAAGACCGAGUACGACAGCUACCAUCUUCACGACGACCUGUCGACCAGCUUGUACCCUCCGUCUCCCCCGGAGAUCAAGCCCAGUCGCGCUGAGCUUGCCAACGAUCUUCUGCAGCAGCUAGACAACAACUGCAAACAAGAGAACAUCUUCUCCAACUGGCUAGAAGAGAAAUCGGAGCUCCCCAUUUUUGAAAAUAUCUCGCAAGUUCCGGAGCGCGUAGAGCCACCAAUUCCCGUGUCUCUGCCCAUUGCGCCGACUUACUCCGCGCCCCAGCCUACUGAAGACCUCCUUAGGGAAUUCGAAACGGUAUAUGGCGCCGUUGAGCUGACUCAUUUGACUCCACCUCAGAGUCCCCCCGGUCCUGCGACUCAACUGCUGCUAAGUUAUGCCCAACAAGCACAAUGCACUACGUUUGCCCCCGCAUUGCCCCUCGUGCCACCACAAGAACAGUGGCCGGUGAUGCCCGCGCCCGUGCAUGUGCCGGACUCUGUGCCGCACUACGACUGCGGGUACGAGGACGUCGAGGAGCUCGUCCGUCACCGCGCCGCUCAGCUCGCCUCCCCGCAACACUCGGGCGGCAGCGCUAGCGUUUCUCCUCAAUCGUCGCCGCCAUCAUCACCGCGGUCUUCCUGCACCGACGAUGAGUGGUCGUCUUCAUCCCGACCCAAACCCUACUCGCGCCCGUCUGACGACCGUCGCUCCCGCAAGAAGGAGCAAAAUAAAAACGCGGCGACGCGUUACCGUCAGAAGAAGAAGGCUGAAAUUGAAGACCUUCUUAACGAAGAACAACAGAUGCGUGAGCGGAACUCGAAACUCAGCGACAAAUGUUCCGACUUGCAGCGCGAAAUUCGUUACCUUAAAGGGUUAAUGCGCGACCUUUACAAGGCCAAAGGCCUUAUCAAAUAAAUCACCACCACCGCCACCUCCAGAGACCGGAUUACUGUCAAUAUGGCGCGACAGAGAAGCGCGCAUUGUGAACAAAGUUCAAAAAGAAGUUAUGGGAGUUUCGCAUAGUUUUGAUGAUAAUUAAUAUUAAGAUAAUAAUAUAGAUAUUACUUGUAUCUCAUAUAAGCAAAUCUAAACUCAUCGAGCAGAAAGAAACAUUUAUCAUUAGAAGGGACACAAAUAACACCAUCAGAGAAACAGGUGGCGCCCUUUCUCAUCUUUCAUUAUUUUAUCAUUUCAUCUUAGAGGAUAGGUCGCAUUCAUUGUAAUGAAAAUAUGAAUUCCAUAUCGUGUCUAUGACACAUACAUAUUUUUGUAUAACACCAUAUUUUAAAUCAACUUCAAUCACUGUAUUUUAUUGUCAUCUUAUGAAUUUUUGAUGUUUUAUGUUUUCUUACAAUAAAUGGAAUGCGACGGCGGAUAAAA